AUGUGCUUCAAUACAUUCAUUCAGCAUAUCAAGGCUGAAAAGUACCGUCAAUUUGGGUUUUCCUUCAAAUUAUUAAAUCCCAUCCAUUGGUUCCAGUUUGCUGAUGACGCGGCUGUAAUUACUGGCCAAGAAUCCGAAAACCAACAUCUAUUAAAUCGAUUUUCUAUCUGGUGCCAAUGGUCCGAUAUGAUUAUCCGAGUUGACAAAUGCAGUACCUUUGGCAUUAAAAAAGCGAUCACAAAAUCAGUUCAGUACUUGCCAAAACUCCUCAUCAGCAAUCAACUAAUACCAAAAAUCACCAUUGGAGAAUCAUUUCAAUAUUUAGGACGUUACUUUGAUUUCCACAUGUCGAAUGAUAAUCACAAAACUGAACUAACCACCCUACUUAGUGAACUAAUGUCUGAUAUUGACUCAAAGCCACUACACCCCAAAAAUAAACUGCUCCUCUACAGUCGCUACGUCUUGUCCAAGUUAGCCUGGCACUUCAACGUCGCAACACUCUCUAAAACAUGGGUUACUGAAAAUAUCGAUUCUAUUGCCAACAAAUAUAUCCGCAGAUGGCUUGAAGUACCAAUAUCAGGAACACUAAGUACUGUCUUUCUAACAAAUAACAAAUUUGGCCUGAGUAUUUAUCCUCCAUCUGUAAAAUUUAUCCAGUGUCAAACAGUCCUCCGAAAAGCUUUAAAAUCUUCUCCUAAUGAAUCAACUAACGACCUGUGGAGAGCAACCAGUAACCAUACUAAUAUCCAAUAUGACGCUUAUAACUCUAUUAAGGAAGUUCUCAAAGAUUUCCGUUCUGGACACGAAAACAAACUCCUAAACCAAUUAACCAGUCAAGGAUCCUUUUUCUGCAGCGUCACGAAGUUCGCUUUACCUCAGCUUAGCAAGGUGUGGUCCGUCGCCCAAUCAAAGCUCCCGAAAAACAUUUACAACUUUACCAUUCGUUACAUUAACAACUCUCUUCCGACGCGUAAAAACCUAAACAGAUGGGCAAUAUCUUCAAAUUCAGACUGUUCUUUUUGUCUUAGCCCUGAAACAUUACUACACAUAGUAGCUGGAUGUCAGUUUUAUCUCGACCGAUUUACGUGGAGACACAAUUCAGUCCUGAACUUUCUUGCUCAUCAGUUACAAACUGUUGACGGUUCUACUCUCUACGCUGAUCUAAAUGGAUUCAAAAGCCCUUCAAUACUUACUGGUGAUACGUAUCGCCCAGAUUUGUUAUUAUCGUGCUCAAAUGGUUCCUUAUAUGUGGUUGAACUCACCACUGGUUAUGAGACAAACCUCAAAAACAACGUAAAAUGGAAGAAGGAUAAAUAUAGAGAAUUAUUGAGACAGCUAGGUAAAAAUUUUAACCAAGUUAAAUUUAUAAACCUCUCCAUCAGCUCUUUAGGUAUUUUUGCAGAAGAAUGUUAUACAUUUUUAGACAUGUUAGAUAGUAUUGGUCUUAACAAAAACCACCAAAUGUACUGCGUUAGGAAAAUGAUGACUAUUGCUAUUAGAACUACAUAUUACAUUUUUUGUUGCCGAAAUAAGGAAUGGGAAAAUCCGGAUUUACUAACAAUUUGACUUAUCUCAUUGUAUAUAUAUAUAUAUAUAUAUUGCAUGCACUUUGUUCUGUUAUUUUAGUUUAGUAUAAUUGUGAUUCAAAUAGCCAACCGUAAGUUACCUUUAUGAGAGAGAUUUACGAUUGUAUAUGUAUGUAAAGAAAAACAUUUAAUAAAGUUUCCAUUAUUAUUAUUAUUAUUAUUAUUAUUAUUAUUAUUAUUAUUAUUAUUAUAAGUAUUAUUAUUAUUAUUAUUAUUAUUAUUAUUAUUAUUAUUCACGUCGUCGCUGGAUGCAAGACCUACCUAAAUGAAGGACGUUUCACGUGGCGUCAUGAUUCGGUGCUUAACUUCAUAGCAUCCAUACUCAAAUCUGUGGACCAUUCUGACCUUUCUGCUGACCUUUCUGGCUAUAUCAGUCCUGACCAUCUGUUCUCACCGGAGAUGAAUUGCGCCCUGAUCUUUUGAUAACACUUGAAAACAAAUGUAUUUAUAUACUUGAACUUACCGUCGGAUUUGAAUCUAAUCUCCUCACUAAUGCAACUCGAAAAAGACAAAAAUAUCAAGAUCUAAUUAACGACCAGCUCAAAAAUUAUGAAAAAGUGAAAUUUGUAAAUUUAUCGAUUAGCUCAUUAGGAGUUUUCAGCCACCCGUCGCUAGAUUUCACCGAAAUGCUGAAAGAUCUAAAGUUUGAUGAACAAUGUAGAAAGUACUAUGUUCGGAAAAUUAUUAACAUACGUAUCAGGUCCUCGUAUUAUAUAUUUUGUAAGCGUAACAAAGAAUGGGAUAACCCACAACUAAUGUCAUACUAAUAUUGUUAUUAUGUAGAGUGUUAAUUCAAGUAGACACUUGUAAACUACCUGUAAAGAGAGGUUUAUCAUUGUAGUGUGUAUAUAUAUAUAUUAUUGAAAGUAAUAAAGUUUCCAUUAUUGUUAUUAUUAUUAUUAUUAUUAUUAUUAUUAUUAUUAUUAUUAUUAUUAUUAUUAUUAUUAUUAUUAUUAUUAUUAUUAUUAUUAUUAUUAUUAUUAUUAUUAUUAUUAUUAUUAUUAUUAUUAUUAAAAUAUGUGAAUAGUUUAUGGUGCCAAGGGUAUUUUCAACGGCUUUGUCACUCUCAACACAACGUUAAACUAAGAAUUAUCACGAGCAACUUGAAAGCUUAUUGCGAUCCAAGAGGUGUUACUUACUGUAUGGUAGAAAUUGCAGCAAAUAUUGCAUGAGCGGCCAUUUGUAAGGUUAUUUGAAAAAGCUUCAACCAUUUGUUCCUUAGCGCUCAUUCUUGAGCUGAAAUCCAUUGAGCCGGCUGCGUCGUAGGAUCUUAAACUCUCUAAUUUAUUGCUUAGCAGCCUCUCCCCCGCUUAUUGGCGAUACUUAAUCGAUACUUAAUUUGCCUCCCCCCAUCCCUACUUUUGAGAUUGUAUUUCCCUGGCGAUGGUUCUAAAACACCCAUGAAACAAAUAAGUUAGGUAGCUAGGUUGUUUAAUAUAGAGAGUAUAUCACAUUAUCUCAGAUCUCUAGUAACUCUAUACAUAUUUGUAGAGCUCUACAUCGAUGCGGUACCACACAUAUUAUCCUUUGAAGAUCCCUCUGAGUUGGAUUAUUUCACGUUUCCCAAUACUUCUAUUUUGAUGACGUCAACAAAGCAUUACAAAGAUGGAUUUCACUCGAUGAAGUGGCAGUGGGAAGCUGGGGACAAACUGAAAUUAAAUUGGAAGCAACGUUUGGACGGUUCCAAUGCUGGUAUUAAAUUGUGGAUUUACCGAAACGAGAGCUCUGCCGCUAAUCUUAGCGUGUCGCUUAUCGAUUCUAAGCUACACCGCAGUAAGAAUGUUGUCAUACAGUUUAAUUUUUCAUUAAAUUUCACUGGCUGGCGCGCGGCUUGGGUAGCACUACGCGAAACAAAAUCACUUCCAAAAAGACCUGGGUAUGAUCAAAUCGUAUUCACAGCCCCAGUUCAAGAAAUACCUUCUCGAGUACUUUUCAUGGAUCUACUUUGCUUCGCGGACAACAUAAUAUAUCAAUCCCGUGAUGAAAUAAUUCCACCUAUCAGCGGCGACAUUUACGAUAUAACAUUCACAUGGCAACAGACGUACAGAUGGAGCUUGGUAAACCCACCGGAAGUGAAUGGAACCAAACCAUUAUCAGCGAAGGAAAUGCAACAAUUGAAUGAUAUAUAUUUGAUAGAAAAACGACUCGUAAAUUGGUUUGCAAAAGAGGGUGUCCGAAUAGGAGAGUUUCAAGGAAACGUCUUGAAACGAUGGGAAUCUGUGGUUAUUCUUGGUUUUCAACGUGCAAGACGUUAUCUAAAAGUGCUUAAUAUUACUGUAAGUCAAGAUGAUGUCAUUACAGGAUCUCCACUGUUUCUCAAACGAUCUCAGUUUGGACAAGGUUUGGAAAACGCAACAGGUGGAAACAAGAAAUUAGGAGACGUCUCGUUCCAAGUAUUAUUUCCACUGACAUUAGAGUAUUACUUUUCUAUAAAAGAAAGUACUAUUCGUGAUACUGUCUGGAGAGAACUAGCAAAUAUCAACAGCGUUGUUAGAAGAGAAUUUGCUGUGAAACGAAUUACAAAGCAGGACUCGGCAUACUCAGAAUUCCUACUUUCGGAGUUACGAAAAUUUAAAUCGCCGUUAACGCAUGUUCGUUUUCGACGGAGCUUGUAUAACCUUAAUCAAAGAAAACUGGCCACUAUAAUGUUGUUAUUGGAGUAUAUGACGGAUCAGGGAUGGACACAUGGGAGUGCAAUGGGAUCAUUGGAUCACGGAAUGAACAAA